GCAAAAGAUGCCUACUUGAUCUCUCAACUCUGACAAAAAAAUAAAAACAAAGUAAAUAAAAACAAGUCAUCUCGACGUUCAACCUUUCAAGACAAAAUUCUUUCAUUGUUCUUUCCCUCCUCACCCCCUCUCUCUCCUCUGCCCUUUUUUCCACUUUCCUUCUCUUCAUUUUUCUGUCUGUUUCAGAUUUGUCAUUUGUCAAGAGGACUUGAAUGUUUUUGCAAGCUUGAAGAUUUAAAACAAAAAAAUGAAGGGAGAAAAAUCACUAUUUUCACUUGUCUUUCUACUUCUGGUUUAUUCUUCGUUUUCUGCUCAAGAAAAGGCCUCUCUGGGUGUUAACAUAGGAUUGGAUCUCUCUGAUGCACCCAGUCCAACUCAAGUGGUUUCCCUUCUGAGAGCACAAAGUAUCCAACAGAUACGGCUGUUUGAUGCUGAUCGUGCUAUGCUCCGUGCACUUGCAAACACUGGCAUCCAAGUCAUUGUCUCUGUUCCGAAUGAACAGCUUCUUGGAAUAGGUCAAUCGAAUACUACUGCAGCGAACUGGGUAGCUCGGAAUAUUGUGUCUCAUGUACCUGCCACCAAUAUCACAGCCAUAGCUGUAGGUUCUGAAGUUCUUACCGUCCUUCCAAAUGCUGGCCCAAUUUUGGUCAGUGCCAUGCAAUACAUUCAUUCAGCCCUUGUUGCUUCUAAUCUUGAUUCCAAGAUUAAAGUGUCAACUCCACAUGCUUCAUCAAUUAUACUCGACUCUUUCCCGCCCUCUCAAGCUUUCUUCAAUCGUACAUGGGACCCAGUCAUGGUCCCCUUGCUGAAAUUUCUGCAGUCAACAAGUUCAUUUCUCAUGCUUAAUGUAUAUCCGUACUAUGAUUACAUGCAAUCAAAUGGUGUCAUCCCAUUGGAUUACGCCCUCUUCCGUCCUCUUCCGCCUAACAAGGAAGCUGUAGAUUCCAACACUCUCUUGCACUACACCAAUGUUUUUGAUGCUGUUAUUGAUGCUUCUUAUUUUGCCAUGUCCUAUCUAAACUUCACCAAUGUCCCUGUUGUAGUGACUGAAUCAGGUUGGCCUUCCAAGGGUGACUCCUCUGAGCCUGAUGCCACCAUCGAAAAUGCUAAUACAUAUAAUAGUAAUCUCAUCAGACGAGUUCUUAACAAUACAGGGACACCCAAACAUCCAGGAAUAGCAGUCAGUACAUACAUAUAUGAGUUGUACAAUGAGGAUUUAAGGUCUGGAUUAAUCUCAGAGAAGAAUUGGGGGCUUUUUGAUGCCAAUGGCGUACCUAUCUAUAUUCUGCAUCUAACAGGUUCAGGAACGGUUUUUGCAAAUGACACCACAAACCAGACUUACUGUGUUGCAAAGGAUAGUGCUGAUCCGAAGAUGCUUCAGGCAGCAUUAGAUUGGGCUUGUGGGCCAGGAAAAGUGGACUGUUCACCUUUAUUGCAGGGAGAACCUUGUUAUGAACCUGAUAAUGUUGUUUCGCAUGCAAAUUAUGCUUUUGACACUUAUUACCAUAGAAUGGCCAUGGCACCUGGUACGUGUUACUUUAAUGGUGUGGCUACUAUCACCACAUCAGAUCCAAGUCACGGUUCAUGUGUAUUCCCUGGAAGUGGUGGAAGGAAUGAAACCUUUGGAAACAGUACAACCCUUGCUCCAUCUGAAAACUCCACAAGUUAUGGUACUCCAUGUCACUACUGUUACAGUGCUGUUUGGAUAAAUGUGCUACUUACUAGCCUUCUUUUGCAUGCAUUAUUAUUUGUUAUGUAAAAGUUGGAAUUCUGGACUCAUAGCUCGCAGCUUCACCAUACUUAUCUAGAAGUUUGGUUUGUUGCCGCAGACCCAAUUUUGUUCCUUAGAGAAAGGGUCAAAGACGGCUCGAGUUUUCUUUUUUCCUUAAUUUUUUUCAAAUUAUUUUUUUUAGAGAACAUUUUGCAGGCAAGUUGAUUCAAGGUAGGCACCACUGCACCAGCAUUGAUGUUUUGGUUAAUUGUAUUCAAUUCAAAUGUAUUAUAUGAAAGAGGAUUAUUUUGUGUA